CUUAACCUAAAUUAAUAAACUCUGCUAUUGGUCGAAGUACGUGUAUUAAAAAUGUGUUUAAUAAUAUAAGUUAGAUAGUAGUUAAUAUAAGCUACUACUAAUAACAAUUACUGGUAUACGUUCAAAAAAUCAACAAAAAUGGCAGAUGUAUUGCGGCAAAUGAACAUGUAUUCCCUUACAAGAAUGGCUUUAACUCUUGGUCCAGGGCUGGCUUUUCUCAUGUACUUACAUUCGAAUACAUUAAGCAGAAGAGCAGAUAUAUUAGACAGGGACCAUCGCUUAAAAGACAAAACCAUUCUCAAAGAUAGCUAUGAUUUUAUUAUAGUGGGUGGAGGCAGUGCGGGGGCGGUUUUAGCCAACCGAUUAUCAGAAAAUCCUUAUUGGAAUGUUUUACUUCUUGAAGCUGGUUCUGAUGAAAUUUCUUUGACUGAUAUGCCAAUUAUGUUUCCGGUAUUGCAGCUGACACCUUUUGAUUGGCAAUAUAAGACAGAGCCAGGUGAUAAAUAUUGCCAAGCAAUGGUAAAUGAACAAUGCAAUUGGCCAAGGGGAAAAGUUCUUGGUGGAAGCUCAGUUCUAAAUGCUAUGUUGUACAUAAGGGGAAACAAAAGAGAUUAUGAUAGAUGGGCAGAGGUCGGUAACACAGGUUGGAGUUAUGACGAGGUUUUGCCAUAUUUCAAAAAGUCCGAAAAUAUGAGGAUUGAAGCCUUGAAAGAUGAUCCUUAUCAUGGGACUGGAGGAUAUUUAGAUGUUGAGUAUUUCAAGUAUCGAUCCCCACUCUCAGAUUGGUGGCUGAAUGCAGUCCAGGAGGCAGGCUAUGAUGUAAGAGAUGUAAAUGGGGAAUACCAGACUGGAUUUAUGACAUCCCACGGUACCUUGAGAAAUGGGUUAAGGUGUAGUACUGCAAAAGCGUUCUUGAGACCAAUAGCUGGGAGACCAAAUCUUGAUGUCAGUCUUCACUCGCAAGUAGAUAAAAUUCUGAUAAACGAACAAAACCAAGCCUAUGGAGUCGAGUUUCGAAAAUUUGGACUUAAAAAGACGGUUCAUAGCGACAGGGAAAUUAUCCUAAGCGCUGGUUCGCUUAACACCCCUCAGCUACUAAUGUUGUCUGGUAUUGGACCAUAUGAACACCUAGAAGAAAUGGGUAUUAAUACGUUAGUGCACUCGCCAGGUGUGGGAAUGAAUCUGCAAGAUCACGUCGCCAUGGGUGGAGCAUCGUAUUUUUUUGAUCCUGGGGAAGAUUACAAAGAUAAAGUAUGUAGCUUUAAGCUGACCACUGUUUUUUCCGAAGAGACUGUUGAUCAGUUUACGCAGAAUCAGAGUGGUCCAAUCUACUGGCUGCCAGUUUGCGAAGUAAUUGGUUUUGCAAAUACCCAAUACGCGGAUUACAGAGACGACUGGCCUGAUGUACAAUUUUUCUUUGCUGCUUAUUCAGACAGCUCCGAUGGCGGAUUGUUUAGUAAGAGGGCCGCCGGUAUUAAAGAUGAGAUAUUUACUGCUGUUUAUGAGGAAAAUUUAUAUAAGGAGUCUUUUUCGGCAAUCACACUGCUGCUAAGACCCAAAAGUACGGGACGUCUGCUUUUAAAAGAUAAAAAACCUGACACACCUAUUCUAAUUUAUCCCAAUUACUUUGCUGAUCCCUAUGACAUUAAAGUACUGGUGGACGGUGCUAAACUAGUUCACAAUAUAGUCACUAAAACACCCACAAUGAAAUCAUACAAUGUACGGUUUAACCAUCUAAGAAUGCCUGGUUGUCACCACUUGGAGUUUUUAUCAGACGAGUACUGGACCUGUCUGGCUUACCAUUAUACUCUUACCAUCUACCAUCCAGUGGGUACUGCCAAGAUGGGACCUGAUAACGAUCCUAUGGCUGUUACGGAUCCAAGAUUAAGAGUACGAGGUGUCAAAAAUUUAAGAAUUGUUGACUGCAGUAUUAUGCCUUAUAUACCAACAGGAAACACAAAUGCACCAGUAAUAAUGGUGGCAGAAAAGGCUGCGGAUAUGAUAAAGGAAGACUGGGGUGCCGUUAAUAAUAAUAAAUAUGACGUUUAUGAAGAAACUAAUGAAAACUCAUAUGGUGGAUUUGAGCAAAAUGGAGAUCAAGGUGAUACAUAUGAAGCUCGAAAAGUUGAAAAUGGUGAUAAAACGAAAUCAACUAGACCUCAAUAAUAAAUAAUAGUUUAUGUUUA